GCGCAGCAGGAGCUGCUCCUGACGGCGCUGAAGAACCACGUCAGCUUCAGCAAGCUCUCCGACGACGAGUUCGCGAAGCUCGUCGACGCCAUGCAGGGCGCCCUCUUCCCCGAGGGGUCGGACAUCAUCGCGCAGGGCGCCGAGGGCGACUACUUUUACGUCGUCGAGAGCGGCCGCGCGAGCGUCAUCAUCGACGGCGAAACCGUGGGCGAGUACACGGAGCCCGGCAGCAGCUUCGGCGAGCUCGCCCUCUUCUCGCCCGAGGCGAAACGAGCCGCGACGAUCCGCGCGGAGGAGGCGUGCUGCUGCUGGAAGCUCGACCGCGCGACGUUCGUCCGC